UUUUUUGCAGCCAGCCAUGCAGUUCCCCCGUUGCAUUUUAGGCUUCUUGUUGCUGGCGGUGGCUCUGUUUUGCCUCGCUCCAAGGAGCGCGGAGGCUCAGUGCGAAGUGUGUCAAGGAUUUUUGGAAAAGUUUUACAAUUCUUUGAAAGAAAAGCAUUCAGAUUUUUCUGUGGCUUCCAUAGAGAAGGAACUGAUCAGGAGUUGCACAAACACGAAAGGAAAAGAAAACCGCUUGUGCUAUUACCUUGGAGCCACAAGCGAUGCAGCUACCAAGAUCAUUAGUGAAGUCAGCCGUCCAAUGAGUGCUCAUGUACCUGUGACCAAAAUCUGUGAGAAGCUCAAGAAAACGGACAUUCAGAUUUGUGAACUCAAAUACGAAAGGAAAAUUGACUUAACAUCAGUAGACCUCUCUAAGAUGAGAGUGGCUGAGCUGAAGAAGAUCCUGGAUGGCUGGGGGGAAGUGUGCAAAGCAUGCUUUGAAAAAACAGACUUUGUGGACCUGAUCAAGGAGCUUGCACCAAAACAUACGGCUUCAACAUCCAGAGCUGACCUUUGAUGAAGUGGUUCUUGAUCCAAGUGCAUAUCUAUCUAACAUCUGCUGUUACAUCCCUAAACCCAUGUGCUUAUGAAGUCAUGAUAUGACUUAACUAGAAAGAACAAUUCCAAGAAAAUUGUAUGAAAUACAUCUUAACAGAAAUUCAUGGCCCUUAGAAAAUUUCUGAGGCAAAACAUGAUUAUAGGAGGCUGAACCAAGGCUUGUCCCCUUGACACAGUCUCUCUGUAUGACUGAAAUGCUGCUAACAGUAGCUAGUGUUUAAAGGCUUCCUUCUUUAUCACCAGUUACACACUAGGUAGACAAUGGUAAUACAUAUAAGAGUUUUCCAUCUUUAAAAUGAAGAAACAAAUGAUUCGCCUUUGAAAUUGUAACUUGAGAAUUCUGUGCCCCAUGAUGCAGACCACACUGGAAUGAAAUUUCCAGGAUGAGAAUUCACAUCACAAUUAUUUAAUUAGGGUGAAAAAUCAAAUACAGUAUUCAAAACGGAACCUCUUUCUAAAAAAAUCUAACAAUUGCUUAAUAAGGUAUGAAACUUGAAAAGUCCAGAUGAUUUAAAUUAAAAUAAACUAAUACAGAAAUACUGUAAACAUAAGAAUCGUCACAUGGAUAACUGAUUGCAUCUUCAGAUUUAUACUUAUUUACUUACUUAAAUUUGUGAACAUAGAGUCUGAAACGUGAUCUCCUGCUCCAGGUCUGAUACUUUAUCCACCAAAACACAUAGGCUCUCUCCUUGGGAACAGCAGUGGCAGUGGUGAAAAAUGGUGGCUGGAUUUGGCACACACUGUACUAUGAAUAUAUAUGCCAAUAUAUCCUCUCCUUUGUGAGUUGAUCCAAGUUGAAAACCAUGAUAUGAAAGGGACUUUUAGCAAGAUAGUUUAUUGGACUCCAUGUUUGCUACCUUAACAGCCUGUUAAUCAUUAUCAUCAUCACAGAAGGACUUGCAUACUUUUGCUGGGAACACAGUGCCAGAACAGACUGCACGAUUUAAUGCCAAUGCCCAGCUGCAGUCAUCAGGAGCUAAUUUCAUUUUCUUCAUGCCUUCCAGACUGCUGUGCCAUGAUGGUGGUUGGCAAGAGUCCAGAGGUGCUUUAUGGCUUGCUGUCUCAUGUGACAAGAAGAGAAAGUCCAUUGUCUACCUAGUGUGUAACUGGUGAUAAAGAAGGAAGCCUUUAAACACUAGCUACUGUUAGCAGCAUUUCAGUCAUACAGAGAGACUGUGUCAAGGGGACAAGGCUUGGUUCAGCCUCCUGUACUAUGCUAGGAUCCUGGGCCAUUAUACAUUAAAUACAAAGUGAAUUUAUGGGCCCUAGAGAGUGAUGUGUAUGCGCUUUGUGUAACUAAGGCUUUCAAUGGAGAGGAGCACUUAUGGGUAUCAGUGCCUUCCCAGAAAAUAAUACUAGGUUGUAGAAUAAACUCCCAGAAACUUCAUUGCUAUUACUAAUGCUCAGGACUUCUAAGAGUGCAACAUUUUACAGAGGGAGAUCCCUUGGGAGGAUCAUUGGAGACUACUUUUGUUUUGUUUUGUUUUAAAAUCUCUUUUACCUGCAAAGAGCUGGAGAGCUCUUCACCCCUUGGAUCAGCUAAAAUGCAGUUGGUAGGACCUUUUCUGUGACAUCAGCCACAUCAUGCAGUUUCCUACUAUUCCUUUCAAGGGUUUCAUCACUUUCCUUAAUUUCUGGUCUUAUAUCACCUUGUGAAGUUUAGAUAAGUGUUUAAUUCAGAUCUCAAAUUGUUAUUUUUAAAAAGAUUAACAUGCUGCCAUUACUUGUUACAUAAAGCAAAAGGUUACACAUUACAGUUCUUUGCAAGUAACAUGUUACCUUAUUU